CGUGGGUCCGCGUAUUUAAAAAAUACAUUUUGUUGGAGGGAGCGUGCGCAAUGGGCGGCGUGCACCGAAGUGCUUCCAAGGCACCUGUUACAUGCGCAUUGUGCCAUUAGGCAGUCGAUGGCUGUGCAUUGUAACACCAAGACCCCUGCUUUCUUACUAAGAUACCUAGGUACCUAGGUAGGUUAACGGUCCCAGAGCCUGCUUCUAGGAAUCGACCACAUCAAGACAAAUAAAACGCCCACCCCGAGUUGUUUACCUCGAUCCUUGGCUCGACUUAUUUGGUCCUUGACCGAAACAAUUGUAAAUUGAUCACAUCCCACGACGCAGUGCGCCUGAACUUUGAGAACAAGAUGUCGAAGACCUCAACCUCUCUAGAUGACAUCUGGGCUGAGGCGGCAAAGAAGUUCCAGGAAAUAUGUGGCGAAUCUCUUGAGAGGGGUGACAUCAAAAGCUUCGAUGAUGUGAGAAAGAAGAUUGAAUAUACAACCAAGGAACCAGACGACUCGAGCGAUGAGCAAGACGACAAGUGGGAAAAGGCAAAGAGCGUGGGCCUGCAGUCUCUCAAAUACAUGAAAAUGCUUCUUGGAGCGGCCUCUCAGGCCGCUGAGUUCAUUCCUGUGCCAUCAGCUGCCGCAAACAUUGCAGGUUCCGCUCUAAGCUUUGUUUUCGACGUUCCGCAGAAGAUAAGAGGUUAUAACGAGGCUGUGGAUGGAGUUUUCACGGAAGUUUCCUCGUCACUUUCACAAUUCAGAAUCUACCAGUCGAUCGACAACAUGAAUCAGCCAUUGCUGAUCGAACAAAUCCAUCUCAUGAUGGCAAGCAUUGUCAAGAUAUGCGCCCAUGUUGUGAAAUACCGCCAGGGCCGCCGACGAGACCGGUUCAGGAGGCAGUUUGCAGCCAUCUUCGAUGACAACAAGCCCCUGGACGCUGAAUUGAGCGAGCUGCGGAGACUUCGAGAGGCUAGGGGUGAUAUUGAGGGGACGAUCUCACUCAGCUUGUUGGUAAAGACACAGGCUGAUGUCGCUGAAUUGUUGGAAAGUUUUGCGGGUUUCGCCAAGACCGUAGACGAGACAUACCAGGGAGUGCAGACUUUAAAGGAGGACAAUAGCCGCAAGAAGGCUCUGAGCAAGAUUAAGGACACCUUGAACAUACCCUGGACUGUGCUCCUCGACACGCGAACCACACAGACAUGCACCAACAUCGCGGCCAUGUCCUUGCCGGGGACGGGAUCCUGGAUCUGGGCUGAUAAGGCAUUUUCCAGCUGGAAAGAAGGACCCGUCAAGGCUGGUGAGCGCCAAGUGUCGAAUUUACUCGUCGUUUCAGGCCCUGCGUCAAGUGGAAAGACCCUGGCCACUGCGCAAAUCAUCAAGCACCUGGAGGAGGAGAAGGGUCGCACCUUUGUUGCUCAUUACUUCUAUUUGCCACAGAAAGGUGAUGACGGAAGCAAAUACCCUGUUCACACAAGUCUCCGCUACAUGGCAUUCCAGAUAGCCAGAGUGGAUCCAACGGUGAGGAAAUCACUGGAAAAGGCUUGCGACUCCGCCAGCACCUCAUUGGGCGCCCGGAAUACGACGUCGAACCUCGAUAGCUUGUGGUCCGAGUUUAAGAUCGGAGGCUCAGGAUCGACCUACUUUCUUGUUUUCGAGGGAAUCGAAAAUCUGGACGAGAAGAACCGCGAUAUGCUGUUGGGUUUUGUCUCGAGCUCAAAAUUGGCCGACGACUCAGCCGGUCGCGUGCGAGUUCUGGUGAGCGGAACGGAUAAGAUUCUGGAUGGCUACGCCGAGGCCCACAACGCAUUUCGCAUUGACAUGAAGGAAUAUAAUGACGCGGACAUGCGCAUUUUCAUCGAGGACAAACUCAUCAAGAGAUCCCUACUCCGGCACGCCAAGCCUGGGUCCCGUCAACAGAAGGCCAGGGACAAUGUCAUAGCGAAACUGCCCCAAAAAGCAGCUGGGAGCUAUUCUCAUCUACAAUUCGCCUUGGAUGAGGUCGUCCGCAUGCUGAGCUCUCGGACAUCAUUCGAUGAGUUGGACAAGGUGCUGGACCAGGCUAUGAAUAGUCACGAGACAGCCAUAAAGUCAUUGCAGCGCUCACUGACAGGUGCAGAGAUUGAGGAACUGAAUGAGCUCUUGAAAUGGGUACAUUUCGCCAAGGAGAGAAUGACGGUUGCUGAGCUUGAGUCGGCCAUGCUUCUUUACUCGGAAAAAGAAUCCAUUGGUCUUCUCGAUGACAUAAUAAAUAGCAAGUAUUUGGCCAUCUUGAAGAUCGACGACUCGCCCGGUGGGCCGUUCGUGGAAGGCCAAGAUGGAGCACUGGACUACUUACAAAAGCAAAAAGCGCAUAGAUCCGAGCAUCCGAAAGACAAGCCAGUCAUCAGUAUGACAAUCAACAUCAGCAACGUGGAACAGGAGAUCGUAGGCCAUUUUCUAUGGGACUUGGCUCAGAAAGCCAUUCGCGAUCAGUUCCGCUUCAAUUUGGACUCGGCGUCCAAUGUGUCCCAUGCGCGACAAAUGUCUAUCGCUGUGGAUGAGUUCGAGGCACAUCAUGCGCUUGCCAUGCGCGCAUUCAAGUACUUGAGAGGCGAGCCCAGUGAAGGGACUGGACUGAUAGGUCGCUAUCUCUUCGGCUGGUUUCCGAGCCACUUGGGGAUGCUUUCACAGCUCCACUACGAGGAGAUGGGGUACCUCAUGCCAGAUGAGCAGCUCGAGAUUGGAAAUCACCUCUACGAACUCUUUAAGGACGAACGGCUUUUCAAACGUCACAAGUCGGUUGCAGAGCAGACGUUGUGGUAUGCCGAUGAAGUGGAGAUGUUGCAAAAGUGGCUGAUGGAUUCUGCGGUUGUGCGCAGGGUGCCGAAGCAGUGGCGCGAAGAAGUUCAGGGAGCUUCCAGUCCCGUGAGGGGUUUCUUGAGACCUUUCGUCAAAUGCGUCAUUGAGAGCUGGUUGAGGAGUCAUGAGCCCUUAUCCGGUGAAGCCCUGGGUAGUUACAAAUCCUGGGUGCGGGUAUUCAUCGAGGUGGACGACAAAGCGUCGCAACCACCUCAGACUCCACGUUUCAGUGCCCCCGACCAAGUUUCAUCGGGCUCUACAAAUAGUGACCCUCCACCGGUUGAUUGGGAGCGAGUAAGUGGGUGGUGUCAGAGCUUUCUGGACCUUCCAGAGUCUGAAGUCGACUCCUUGUGGUGGCAACGUAUUGCUCAGGCAGCAUGGGACGAAGGCAAAGAAAACGCAGAGCUUGUCAUGCCACUUUACCAGCGCGCCCUGUUCAAGGAGGACCCAAGUUGGCAGUGUCACUCUGGUUUAUCGGAGUGUUUUUACCAAUUGGAUCGCAUUACAGAUGCUAUCACUGAAGCCGAGCUGACCAUGACGGCAAUGGGAUCUAAAGGCUGUAGGCCCACACCGACAGAGGGGGAUCUGAUGCAAAUUCGCUUCCGCCUUGGAGAGUUGUACCAAGAGAAUGGCAACUCUCAGCAAGCACGCCAACAUUUUCUGAUAGUUUCAGAGAGCUCUGAUGCUGCCUGGAUUGGGCGAGGACGAGUGGCUCACUUGAACGCAUCAUUAGUGAAUGAUGCAGAAGAGGCGAAGAAUAUCCUUCGCACCGCUUUCGUCACGGAGAAGAGUGAAGUUAGCAAGGUAAAGCUUUUGAAGAUGGUUGCCAAGGAUUCCGACCACAAUAACACGAUACACAAGAUGUUUACCAUCGCCAAGGGCGAUCCUGAGCUGCUGAAGGAGAUUGUGUCAGCUAUCGAAAAGGGGACAGAGCCUUUGGAGUUUAUGCAUGACCAAGCCACCGAGAUCUCUAGAGAGGAAGGCUUUGCAGAGCAAGAGGCGCGUGGGGUGCUUCUAUAUCACCGAGGAAUGACAGUGGCGUAUAGAAUGUCCUCGGAAGGCACCAACCACGUCGCCGACGCGCUGAAGUUCUGGGAAGAAUGCCGCCAUCAGCUCCGGAACAUUGGUGGUCGGGUGGCAUCCACCACCAUAAUGAACGCCAUAUACCAGCUCGCCAGUUAUUACUUCCAAAAUCUGCUCAAAGGCCAGGGGCUAACAGAGCACCGCCAAGCGCUUUCGAAGCUGGCUGAUGAAAGUUCCAGCGUCGACAGUGAGGACGCUGCUGGAUUCCUGGCGGUACUUUAUGCUCGCGGUGGAGAGAGGGACAAGGCGAAAGAGAUGCUUGCGCGCCAGGUCAAAUACGCGCUGGAUAUCCUCUCAGACGGCUGGGCCGAGAACGACUUUAUUGGACAUCACAUCCUGUUCAAGUGCCUGACUUUGUAUCAAGACUUCGAUAACGCAGCCGCGGCCUUGACGUUGAUGGGCGCUCCGGACCUCGUUACCAAUUCUUUACAGUUCGAGGACUACGACACUUCUGAAUGGGACGAAGGCGAACAGCCUCGAAUUCAGGAGUUAUUGAAAGGCAUGGGACGAGAUGUGUCGCAAGUGGUGAAGGCGAAAGUCCCGGAUUCUUCACAGCAGGCUCGUCGAAUUGAAGUGGCCAAGGACCACAUUGAGAGUCUCGUGGAUACCGACCCGACAAAGGCAAAACUCACAGCGAUGCUAAAGGCACGGAUCAAUGCCCUACAUGAGACGCAAGCCUCAGUCAUGAACGCAGCGCUACGGCGAUAUCGCCGGUGGUGCGAUGGGCUCGGCCCCCCAGGCACAAGUUGCGACAACGUGGCCGAUUUCGACCAGGAGUUGUUCCACUGCAUCUACUGUUCCGACCUCGACUUCUGCGCAGACUGCUUCGGGAAGCUUCGCGAGCAGUCAGUGCCAGCCAUGCGGUGUAGCGCGGCGCACAUGUGGCUCAAGAUGCCGCGACAGGGAGGUGACUUCUACCGUGGAUUCGAUGCUAAGAGCAUUAAGAUGCCAGUAGUCAGACCCGUGGAGGGGGAUGGAUGUCUACUGGAAGUAUGUUAUGAAGGAGACCGGGAGAUAGAGGAAUUGACGCUGGAGUCAUGGGAGCAGGGCCUGGCGAAGGACUGGGGCAUAGUUGUGGAAGAGUCAUGAAUGGCUUCGGGCCAAGUCGCUAAUGAAUUAGAUUAGAACUUGAACGAAGUAUCGGAUUCUCAAG